AUGUUAAACGGAACAUGUUUAGUAUACUCUACAUCGAAUAUGAAAGUUCGAGAAUUUGAAAAGAAUUAUAUAUGUCGUUAUUGUUAUCAAGUGCCAUUGGACAAUCAUACGUGUACACCAAAUUUACAAUGUAAAAAACACGAUUAUUAUUCAUCAAAUUGUACGAUUGAUUCAAAUAUUCUAUGUUUGGGUUCAAGAACGUUUCGUCGAAAUGUAGAAUGUAAUUUUACAAGUGGAUAUCGUACACGGACAGUUUUUAUUUUGAGUAUACUAUUGGGAGGAUUUGGUGUUGAUCGAUUUUAUUUAGGACAAAUAAAGGAAGGUUUUGGCAAGAUUUUUUCAUUCGGAGGUUUAGGCAUAUGGACAUUGAUUGAUUCAUUACUUAUUGCUUGUGGAUAUUUAACGCCAGAGGAUGGAAGUGUGUAUAUAACAUAG